GGCUCAAAGUUGUAGGGCUUGCCAAUGCGCGCCCUGCGUUAAUUCAAUGGAAGCCUUAGUGAUUGAAGACGAAGACUCAGAAAAUGCCUGUAUCCUGGAGGUGCAGGAAGUGUGGGAUGGUCGUGAUGUGGGAUGGUCCACCCAUGUAAAUGUGCGCUCAUGGAAAUGUUGGCGGAGCGCCGCUCUGGGUUUAGCAGCUCUACUCAGCGGAGCUGCUUUGUUGAUCAUCAUGCAUUGCUUUGCUCCCACUGAGACCAGGCAAAUGGAUACCGCGGCGUCAACAGAGGAAUGGGAGGAUUUUGUGAAGGCAUUCCCAAAUGCUUCGACGGUGGAGGACUGGGGCGCAAGGAUAGAAUCCACGAUUGCCCGAGCAAAAGGCUUGCAGCUCGACAGACCCUUGCGUAGUCUUCGCGAUGUGUUCUAUGCGGAUAUCAGCGAAGAGUCUGGAGAUUACCCAUACAUUCGAACAGAGUGCGUUAUUGACACAGUCCAGGCCACGACCUAUUUGAUGGAAGCGAUUGUAGUUCUGUUCCGAGCUAUUGAUCAACGAGGCAAGAGAUGUGCUGACUCUGAUGUGGGCUGUGCCAUCAACGUCAUUGGCUUUAUCACUUGCGUCACCUGGGUGUCAGCCUACCUAAGUUUGGCAGCAUCUGCAUGUUCUUCCGCUGUGAACUCUGGCGCACUUUGCUCUGCUGAUUGGACAACCCUUGUCGCAGCUUUUGGGGAAAUUGCAACUGCUGGUGCAGGCGUCAGGUAUGAUUGUAACAUUCCUAGCAAGCUUGAGAGAGCCUUCGGCUACGGGAUCACUACGACAAAGCGCCCGUAUUUGAAGUAUUUCCCACCCGGCGGAGCUCUACCAGCUCUUGACACCGUCUACAAGUUCAAGCUGCUCUCUCGGUCCCGCAAAUAUCGCAAGUUCGAUAUCACGGCUUGUGUUGCAGACGUAUUUCAAGCAGCAGCGUUUCUGAUUCGCAGCCUCCUCCAGAUCAGGGAUGCUGCCCAGUCGUGCCCCAAUCCCAGGAAUUGCGCCAUCAACAUUUUGAAUGUGAUCUCAUCCUUUGCAUGGAUUUCGCAUUUCUCGGUGCAGGCUGUGGAUGACUGUGCGAAAGCUGGAUCUCAAGAAGCACGAUGUGGAGCUGAAAUUUCAGGAUUGAUAGCUGCCAUGUCAAUGACACCUGCCGCAGGCUAUGCAACGACUUCGGUGUUUGGGUGCUGUUGGAUCCACGGCCCCCGGCCUGGGCGGUGGUGUCCCCCGG